AUGUCUGCUGUCGUCGAGAAGGUUUCCGAAGCCGUCAAUGACGUUACCAAUGCUCUGAGCAAUGCCACUAUCUCCGACAAGGCCGCCGAUAAGCCCGCCGCCAACAACGAUGCCGUCCUCGCCAGUGCUGCUGAGGGCCGUCGUCUCUACAUCGGCAACCUGGCCUACGCGACAACGGAGGGGGAGUUGAAGGAGUUCUUCAAGGGUUACCUUGUCGAGUCCGUCUCCAUUCCCAAGAACCCUCGCACCGACCGCCCGGUUGGUUACGCCUUCGUCGACCUCUCGACUCCUUCUGAGGCCGAGCGCGCCAUUUCUGAGCUUUCCGGCAAGGAGAUUCUCGAGCGUAAGGUCUCGGUUCAACUUGCCCGCAAGCCUGAGCCCGCCGGAGAGAAGGCCGAGGGUGCUAACGGCGAGGGUGCUGGCGAGGGCAACCGCCGCCGCGCCUCCGGUCGUGGCCGCGGACGUGGCCGUGGCCGUGGUGGACGUGGUGCCCGUGGUGGCCGCGAGGAUGGCGCCCCUGUCGAGGGUGCUGCCACCGAGGUCCCUGCCGGUGCUCCUGCUACCUCUGAGGUUCUUCCUCUGACCGAUACCACCAACAAGGACGCUAAGAGUGAUGCCGAUAAGCAGGCCCGUGCUCCCCGUGAGCGCCGCGAGCGUGGCCCUCCUGCCGACGGUAUCGCCUCCAAGACCAAGGUCAUGGUCGCUAACCUGCCCUACGACCUGACCGAGGAGAAGCUCAAGGAGCUAUUCGCCGCUUACGAGCCUUCGUCGGCCAAGAUCGCUCUGCGCCCUAUUCCCCGCUUCAUGAUCAAGAAGCUCCAGGCUCGUGGUGAGCCUCGCAAGGGCCGUGGCUUCGGCUUCGUCACCCUUGCCUCCGAAGAGCUCCAGCAGAAGGCUGUUUCCGAGAUGAACGGCAAGGAGAUUGAGGGCCGUGAGAUCGCUGUCAAAGUCGCUAUUGACAGCCCUGACAAGACCGAUGAGGAGGCCAACGCCCCCAAGGAGGAGACCAAGGAGGAGGUCAAGGCCAACGGCACGGGCGCUCCCGAGGCUGCAGCUGCUCCCGCCGCUGCCCCUGCGGCUUCCACCACCGCCGCUCCCGCUGCUGCUCCCGCCUCUUAA